AUGCUGAACGACAUUGGGCGGUUCCGAGAGCUGCCAAGCUGGAGGAAGGACUUCAAAGCUGACUGGAAGAAAGCAAUGAAAAAAUCAGUUCAAGAAGUCCUGAUGAAAGAGAAAUACUGCCCUGAUACUGAACGCUUUGUUUGCACCUGUCCCCAAUUCGUUAUCAGCCGUUUUCUGAUUUGCAAGCACCUUGUUCAAUCCUUCCAGCCGGUUAACCCCGUCUUCUUCCUUCAAGUGAUGAGAAAUCGGACAACACCCUUUUGGUCGCACCCCGCUUUAAUUCCGCUCCAAACAGAAAGCCUUGACAACGACCAUGCGGAAAUGGCAGAGGGCGUUGGUCCCACUGAACCCAUAAUGGAUGACGAUCUUGACCCUGCUGAAGACAGAUUUGAUGAUGAUGCAGUCGACACUAGAGAGGGAAUAUGGGAAAGUGAACAAAAGACAUUCAAGGAGGAAAUGGAUGCGCACAUUCAGAAGAUCAGAGACUUUGCCGAUGGACUCGAGUAUCAAAUUUCAUUCCAGGAUCGCCGCUUCUUGAAAACCCUCCAAAAAGAAGGGGCGGGGUUCUUCCGGCUUGCCGAAAACUGUCUCAGCCGUGAACAUCGAUUCAAUUCAAGUCGAGAAGCGUCGCCGACAACGUGGGAGAGCUCGACUGCAAACGCAAUGUUUUACCGCACACGUCCACGAAGAGAUCGAAUGCAAACGAACUGA